CUGCCCACAUACGAUCUGAAAACAUUGUUUUUCAGUGUCUGCAUAUGUAAAAAUUCUUUUCUGUUUUCUCAUUUUUUAUGACAAAUACAAACUGAGCAAAGGCAAUGUUUUUCUUUCUUUAUAUGCCCUUUUGCCAGUGUGUUUGUGUGUGAUCUGUAAUAUAUGACUGUCACACUUUUAUUUUGUACUCCUAUGUAAUUUCUAAGAGCAGAAACACUAGUUGUCUGCAAAGAUUUUGCUAAUCUUACUUCAGAGAAAUAUCAGGAAACCACAGUGACAGUUAAAAAAAAACACCUCAAAAUGUGUGUAAUGGUGUUUAAAUAUGCAGCACAACUGCAAUAAGUGAUAGACAAUGUUGCUAGAAUCAUAUGUACAGUUGUUGUCCAGUGUACUGUCAUGUCAUGAAUGAUACAUUUUGUUUACCAGAUUUUUUUAUGUUGUGAGCUAGUGUGGAAGUGUCGAAUCCUUGCUCUUGACAGUACUGAGUAUUAGAUAUAUGGCAGAUAUAAAUAGAUGGCAUUCAUAAAUCUCUAUACCUACUCAAGAAUAUCACAAGUAUUGCAUAGCUGAAAUACUGAUGUAAGUAUGUAUGUAUUUUGCAAAUGAUGUAGUCUUUUGUCUUUGGUAUGUCUUAUUAUGGCAGGUUUUUUUUUUAUAACUUAUACAGCAAUUUCAGUGAUUCAAAUCUUUUUGCAGCAAGCUAGAUCAUUUCUUUGGUGAUGAAAGUGUUAAAACAGAUACUUUAGACAGACGGCAAAUGCUUCAGGUCAACAGAAAGGAGAAUCUGCUGUUACAGUUUGUGGUUUGCAAGCAUGUGACUGAAUAGGUUUUCUUUCCUUUGCCAUUCAGAUGUGCACAGAUGGCAAGCAGCUCUUAAGCAGCACACUUUCAUGCUACAAUGGACAACACAACAGAGCAGGCUAUAAACUAUGAAUAUUAUUAUGACCUUGCUGUUACAGAUACUCCAGGAUCUGCCAGCUUCCAAGUGCUCUAUAUGUCCCACAUCUAUAUUCCUAUGCUGUACUUCAUGAUGUUCUUUGCUGGAUUCUCCGGGAACCUGUUUGUGCUCAUUGUCAUUGGUAACAGACACAAGAGGAGCAGGCGUCUGGUUGACACCUUCGUGCUGAACCUGGCUUUAGCAGAUUUGGUGUUUGUCUUCACUUUGCCCUUGUGGGCUGUCUCAGCUGGGCAGUUUGACCACUGGCCCUUUGGAAAUGUCUUGUGCAAGAUCAGCAGCUACAUCAUCACCGUCAACCGCUUCUCCAACAUCUUCUUCCUCACAUGCAUGAGUGUGGACCGCUACCUGGCUGUGGUGCGCCUCAUGGACUCCCACUUUCUCCGGAGCAGCAAAUGUGUACACCUCACCUGUGGUGUUGUGUGGGGGAUAUCUCUGCUCUUUGGCAUCCCAUCACUGGUUUACCGAAACUUGUAUGAACAAGAUGAUAAGGGCUUCUGCUUAGACAAUUUGGAGUCUUUCUUCUUCAGAGCUAUGAUUCUGCUGACAGUCUUCCUCACCUUCAUGCUGCCUGUGUUGAUUAUCGUGCUGUGUUAUGGAUCCAUCCUGGUCAAACUGCGCAGCCACUCCAUCACUGCGGCCAACCCUCGCACAGAAGCCCGACGACGUCAUUCUCUAAAAAUUGUCUUCACCAUUAUCACAACCUUUCUGGUGUCCUGGUUGCCCUACAAUGUGUUCAAAACCAUCCAGGUGAUCUCCAAGAUGAGUGAUGCCGAACUAAGCCAUGACACCCACAUAUAUUUGGCUCGGGGACUCAUAAUUUCCUCCUGCCUGGCCUUUGUCAACAGCUGUGUGAAUCCUGCAAUUUACCUUUUUCUGGACAAGCAAUUCAGACGGAGCGCAGCGGCAAUGUGCCUGAAUUGCCUGCGCCAUGGAGAUACGCAGCAGAGCUAUUUCUCCUCCAACUCCAUCUCAAACGGCACCACAGAGAGCCUGGGAAGCACAACAAGUCGUGCCCGUCUCUUCUCCCUCACCCAGAAAAACUGAAUUCUUUUUUUUUUCUUAUUUUUUUCAGCUGCCUUUAUUGCUUCAAAUGCCUUAUUCUUAAGGACGCUGUCAAGGUAUUUUUGUAUGCAUUAAUUGCGAUCAUAUAUAUAUAAAAAUAUAUAUAUAUGAGCUAUAAUUAUAUA